AUGUUUCGUCCAUUCCAUGAAGCGAAUGGGGCAUGGUUUUGGUGGGGAAGACAAGAUCCAACGGUAUUCAAAAAUGUUUGGAUCCAUAUGUUUAAUUAUUUGACGCAAGUCAAAGAUUUACAUAAUAUCUUGUGGAUCUAUUCACCGGAGCAAGGUGCGUCAACUCCGUCACUGUACUAUCCAGGCAGUGACUACGUGGAUAUUGUCGGACUCGAUGUUUAUACUGAUGAACCUAAUAGUUUGAAGGGAUAUGAUGAAAUGUUAGCUUUGAAUAAGCCGACGAUUCUUGGUGAAGUUGGUCCAAGAACCGCUGAUGGUCAAUUCGAUUACAGUCUAUUACCAAUUGCGAUUCGAAAUAAAUAUCCGAAAGUAUCUUAUUUACUAACAUGGGCUGGCCCUUGGUCACCAGUGGCCAAUAGAAAUGCUUAUAAUUUAUUCAAUAACGCAUACGUCAUCAAUCGUGGCGGUAUCAAUAUAACCGAUAUGAUGUUUUCUGUUUAA